AUUGUUAUGCCUUUCAUUUUUAAGAAAGGUGAGACAUUAAAGUCUCAGGCUCAGAAAAUUGCCCACAAUGUCCUGGAAUGUUUUUCUGAGGAAUCUAGGAAAAAAUCCCUCAAACUGCCAAUACAACAAGCUUCAUGAAGAGCCUCCCUCGCAACUGGUUUGUCACAGUAUACUUUGAAAAAAAUUAAAGGAGAAGUCUCCCGUUUGGGAGAAGGUAAGAUCCUCAGUACACCUGGAAAAAACAGGAAAAGAGAAUCCUCUAGAAACUGCUAUAUUGAUGACUUUGAUAAGUGUGUCAUACGACAAACGAUACGCAACUUUUACCUUAAAGAGAAUAAAAUGCCUUCGAUUCCGAAAUUGAUUCCUGUACUCCAGGAAAAAAUAAAUUUUAAAUGGAAGAAAAAAAGUCUGCGAAAGAUCUUGCAUUCUAUGAAUUUUCGGUGGAGAAAGUGCGUAAAUCAAAGAAAACUGCUAAUUGAAAAGCCUUGUAUUGUUUUCUAGCGUAACAAAUUUCUUCGGGAGAUGCGUGAGCAUCGAAGAAUUUCACGGCAAAUUGUAUAUAUCGAUGAAACGUGGCUGGAGAGCAAUUUGACGUUUCAAAAAUGCUGUCACGAGGAAAAUAGCAAAAUUGGUGCCAUCGUAAACUGUAGUUCGAAAAAUAGACUAAUUUUUGUCCAUGCUGGAACAUCUGAAGGGUUCGUUCAAGGUGCGGAACUAAUUUACAAAGCCUCAAGCCAAACUGGGGACUACCAUGGGCAAAUGAACUUUGAUAAUUUCAAAAAGUGGGUGUUGGCAAAAUUACUCCCAAAUCUUCAACCUGAGAGUGUAGUUGUCAUGGACAAUGCACCUUACCACACUAAGGUGGAGAAUCCAACACCCACAAAAUAUGCCCUGAAAGCAGUCAUGGUGGAUUGGCUGACACUAAACGGUAUUGACUGUGAUGUGGGUAUGAGGAAGGCUGAACUUUUUUCCCUGAUCGAAAACAAUCGCCCAAAAGAAGUGAUCUAUUCAAUUGAUAAGCUGAUAAAAGAUCAGGGACACCAUGUGGUUCGCCUUCCUCCAUAUCAUUGCGAUUUGUAUGCCAUAGAAUAUGCUUGGGCAACUGUUAAAAGAUUUGUGAGAGUGAGAAAUACAACAGGAGAUUUAAGCCUUGUUAAUUUAACUGCUCUUCUUUACGAUGCUGUAAAUGGGGUGACAGCUGACGAAUGGCGCUCUCAUUGUCAGCAUGUCGAAAACAUAUAUUGGGAAAAAGAUGGGUUUAUGGAAGACUUAGUUGACAGCCUAAUAAUUAGCACAGCAGAUGAUUCUGAAGAAACAGAAUCUUGCGAUGAGGAAUUCUUGUGAUGAAGAAUGGGAAUUAUAGAGAAACGCAAAUUUUUCAAUGAA